AUGUCAAAAGCAACUGCCGAAAAACAUUCCAAGAACAAAUUCUCUCAGUCUCAAAUUUCAACGCAGGAAGGCUUGAAGGAGCCACCAAAGAAAAGAAAACGUGGUAGACCGAGAAAGCAACCCAAGGAAUGUGAACCUUGUGUCGAUCUUCUCCAGGAACUGAGUAAAUUACGUUUCAAGAGGACGAUGGAAGACAUAUAUAUUCGAUACGGAAGAGAUUUAACCGAAGAGUCUGAUGAGAUAGAUCUUAUUACGGGAGAAAUAGUGGUUGAUCGGGGGUUUCUGCGAAUGACACCGAGAGCCCGAUUAGGAACAUUAUCGAAAAUGAUAAUUAUGGAUAACUAUGAUAAUUAUGCCAACAUUGAGGAUGAUGAAAAAGAGGAAGAUGACAUGUGGGUGUUAGAUCCAUGGGACUAUGCUGUGUCGGCUGCAGAUACUGAAGACUAUAUGUGGGCUUCUGGUGAGGAUAGUGCUGAGGAUACUAUUCCAUUCACGAAUAGUUCUACUUCUAGUACCGAAGAACCAAAGACACCGUUUCAACAGACAUUAGCAACGAGUAUAUCUUUUGCCAAAGGAUAUAAAGUCUCUAAUUGUAUUACACUGAAUGACUUUGUAUAUUCUGGCUGUUCAUCGUCGUCGUCGGAUGAGGAAUCGCCAUCACAACAACGUAAACGAACGAUGUUUAAUGAUUUUGAAAUAAAGUUAAUAGAUGAAUGGAAUAAUCCAAUCUUAUCGGGAGUUGAGAGUUUGGAAGCAUGCUCAGAAGACGGCGAUGACGAGGGUGAUUUUUAG